GGCCCGCAGGCAGAAGCCGAGCGGUUGGCGAGGCGAGGUCUGGCAGCCCAUGCCAGGAAUGGAGGCGAGCGUCACUCGCGUACAGAGAGACUGAAGGCAUUAUGCCAGUGAACUGCUGCUUCAACUGGAAGGACUGUUUGGAUUCUGGAACGUUGAGGAUGGAUGAGUUUAUUUUCAGAAGAGCGGGGAUUCAUCUUCUAUGGUUGCAUGGAAAGUGCAGAAUGAGAAAACAAAUUUUCAAGCAACACACAUCAAAGUUGCUGGUGAACGCAGCAGGCCAGGCAGCAUCUCUGGGAAGAGGUACAGUCGACGUUUUGGGCCGAGUCCCUUCAUCAGGACUCAUCAGAAGAGCUAAUCCCUGGCCACUUCCUGAUCCUUUAGCAAGUAAUACUUUCACGGAAGAGAACAACCAAACCAAGAUAAAUACUGGGCAUCCAGAGAACAUCGCAUUUGUUUUGGUACCUGUUUUCUUUCUUAUGGGUCUGUUAGGGCUCUUAAUUUGCCAAAUUCUAGCUAAGAAAGGCUAUCGAUGCACAACGGAUAGAGAAUCGGUCUGUGAAGAGAAUGUUCCUGAGGCAGAGAUUGAUUUGCAUGAUGCCAGUGAAUGCAAUGCUGAUACUGUUGGACAAAUGGUGCAUUAUAUUAUGAAAAAUCCUGCCAAUGCUGAGGCAUUGCAAGCUAUGUUGGACAGUAAUGUAGAAAGUCCUUCAAGUCCCAAUGGUCCUCCUAGUCCAGUUACUCCUGAAAGUCCUGUAUCACCGACUGGAAGCCCUGCAAAGAACAAUUUUCAGUGGCAUCAUCUGCAUACAAUUAGUGGAGCAGCGGGGAAAAGCUCUUGUUCACGUUGCACCCAUCGGAAGUCAAAGAGUAGUAGAGAAUUCAGGAAGAGUCGUCCUGGAGAGGUCACAGUAUUAUCCGUGGGAAGAUUUCGAGUUACACAUGUUGAUCCAAAAACACGCUCCAGUAAACAAAAAGAGUUGCCGCUUUCGCCUUCAGAAGAUGCUGAUACUGAGGGCAGCAUUACCCAUGUAGGUGUCCAAGAGGUUCCAGAUUCAUCAGGAAAACUAGAUACAAAAGAGGAAGCGGAAGCGGAAGCUGAAGCUGUGCCAUAAGUGGUAUAAUCAGGGCAGACAAGAGAAGUGUUGCACAUUUCUGAAUGAAAACCAAAGUAUGAAACUGACUCUUGCAUCAAACUGCGUACCUGUGGUAUUUUAAAAUGUUCCCAGUGUUUUUACGAUGUGUUGUGUGAUUAUCUAUAUGACAAAUCUAACUAUGACCAAAACAUGUAAUUUAAUUUUGUUCUUUGAGAGUCACAAAUCCUAUGUAUUUGUGUAGAUUGUCAAUAUAAUUGCUAGAAGUCUUUUGUCAUAAUUUUGAAAUCCUUUAUGUUGAACUGAUUAAUGCUUCAUACAUCUCCUUUCCUAAAACAAACUAAUUCUCUAAAUGUUUAUUUUUUAUGUCUCAAAAGUUUAAAAACCAAAACGAACCAAAAAUCUGUGCAGAUAGAAGUUUACUUAAACGUUUUUUAUUAAUUCAAGUAAACAAGUACAUCUGUACGUCUGAUGGCUAACAUGGAUUACCAUCUUGCGAAGUGAGUUUAUAAUGGAAGGUUCAAGUUAUUAAUAUAUACUUGGCAUUCAGAGUGUCCUUCUCUCCCCCCCCCCCGCCCCUGCCAUUUAAACCAUUUCUGAACAUGUAAAAAUAGCAACAUUAAACCAAACUUAAUUAUGUGUUGUAAUAGAAUACAUCCAUAAAUGAAUGACCAAUUCUAAGAAAUUUUUAAUCUUGAAGUAUCUCUUCCUGAUCAAAAAACUGAUACAAAUCAGCCUAAUAUUGAAGUUUAAUAAUGAUAAGAAUGUGGAAAUGGUGCCCUCCAUCAACCCUGUUAUUUCCUUUUGCAAUGUAUAGUACAACUUGCAGAACGAUGAGAAGAGUCUUCAAUCGUUUUAAAUUGAGGGGAACAUUUACUUAAAAUUGAUGGCUUAUCCAGUGAAAAACUUUGCGUGCCUUGAAAAAAAUUCUCUAUUUCGAUGGGUUGAGAAUAGGAUUAAUAAAAAUACUUUUUAUAUUAUAGUUAAGAAAUAGCAUUUCUAUUUGCAGUAUAAAUAGGUCCAGUAUAAAGUUUGUGUAUCCCACAGAGCUUUGUUGUGCUCUUUAAGUUAGAUCAUUUCAAUUUGAGAUGCUGUAGUUGACUGUUGCGCAACAGAAAGGGAAAAAAAGUCAACAAGAUUAUUAUUUGUUAUCUGCUUCAAAAUUUUCUGCAUUUACAGCCAUUUGACUUAAGUUCUGAAUGAGAAUAUUGGAAUUGUCUCUAUUUCCCUCUGUGUUCCAGAAACAUAAACUGUGUUCCUACAUUCUGAAAAAGUACUUAAUUAAACUACCGAAGAGCAUAACAAUCUCAUGAACUUCCAAGGAGGAUUUGAGCAAAUUCCAGUAAUUUCGGUGGCAUGGUAGUAGGAAGGGAAUUUAAAUGAAAUGCAAGGUCUUCCAAUACAUGUGAUGAACUUAAAAAAGAUGUGAACCUAUAGGUAUUUAUGCAUUUCUGCUUGAAUAUAUUAAUAGUAUUUUGGCUUGCUCAUUUGAAAAUAAGUACAGAUGCUUGAUUUGUAUCUUUACUAUUUCUAUGCAGAGAUUUCUUUCAUAUCUUUUGAAAUAAUGUUAUAAAACAAUAAUUGGGUCAGCAGAGCUCUAUAUGUAUAUCUUUUAGAAUCCAAUAAUUAGAUGAAGUUAAGAGAAAAUGUGUAUUCUUGUGCUAAAAUGUUAAAUGUAAUUGUUUCACAAGUACUCUUGUGUGAAGAUGACUACAAAGUGAAAUGUGGGUAGUAAAUAAGCAACAAAAA